AUGUCGGGCCGCCGGGACGUGAAGGUGGUAUUCAUCGAAAUUAGCGAACUGUGCUGCGCUACCAAGGUGAACGAUAAACAAAUUAUCUUCUGUAACAACUUCCAACGACGUCGGCCGGGACCGUGCCAACAGGGUGACGAGCCUUCCGGUGCCAGUGGUGCGAGCCUUCGAGCUGGCCCAUCAGUUCCUCGUCGUUUGUCAACCGGUGCGGAUGCGGAAGCAGCUUGUUUUCGGAUAGUGGCAGCGGUAGCGGUCGAUAGUGGUCAUUUGUUGGAUUUUCUGCUAAUUGAUGAGCCAUCGUCAGUGAUCGGGAGUGCGAAUCGAAUCAAGUCGGAACCGGAACUAGUGAUCGGCGGGGACAUAGGUCGGUUGCUGGAGCUCCCGGAAAGCGGUCCGGCUGCCGCUUGGGGCGAUUUCUGCAGUGACGAUUCCGGUGUUGUUCAGCUAGUUUUUGGAAGGGCUGGUGCUGGUGGAGAAAGUGUUAGCAAGCAAAAGCGGAAGAAUCAAGGAUUACCGCCGAAGUGGAAUUUCAAACGAGCUUCGCUCGGAAGCGACUACUUUGAGCAGUUUUGUGUGAAGUGUCGGAUUUAUCUGUUGGAAAACUUUCAAAAGUUUCGGAGCAACUUUUCGAUAAUGUCUCGAUUGGGCGGCAAAGAAUGCGCGCCUAGUAUAGCAUCGCGCCAUAUUGGAGAAGGUGGUGGUGGUGGCGCCGGAGGUGGGACCUCCUCUGGAGAACGCAAGAAACCCUUUUCACGCCCGUUUAGCAAGUCUCGCUUGGAAGCAUCCCACAGUGGAACUGGCAGAAUGUCGAGUCCAUCCCCGACGGAAACUAGCGCCCUGAUGCGCCAAAAUAACGAACUGCGACAACGUUUGCAAGAGGAAGCCAACACUUACAAACGCCGUCUCGAAACGUACAAGCAAGCUCAGAACAAUCAAGCCGCAUUGGUAAGCAGACUGCAAGCGAAGGUGCUCCAGUAUAAACAACGCUGCAGUGAGCUGGAGCAAACUCCAACGUCCAGCACUUGUCCGAGCUACAACACCAGAGAGCAUUCACCCGGCCGACAUCAUGUUGCCCAACCUACGGGUCCAAUUUGCCCCGCAAUUGGUGCUCCGAUGAGUCUGCCGCCAUGCCCGGUGGCACGGGAACGAUCGCGGUCCCGUUCGCGAUCGCAGUCUCCGUGCCGUAAAUACGCCGACGGAAGCCACGACGAAAUUCGCCAUCAGCUGGACGAGGAACGACGAAGAUGCGAAAAACUACUGGUCGAAAACUCCUGUUUGCGACAACAGUUGGAGGAGUCCCAUCGAACCAACGAAACACUGACCAACGAUCUCCAGAAGCUUACCGUCGAUUGGGAAAGCUUGCGGGAUGAGUUACUGAACAAGGAGGACGAAUGGAAGGAGGAGGAACAGGCCUUCAACGAUUACUACAACAACGAGCACACGCGGCUGCUGAAAAUGUGGCGCGAAGUGGUCAACGUUAAACGCAUGUUCAAGGAAAUGGUUUCCACCACCAAGGUGGAACUUGGACGAAUGCAGCUGGAUCUGAGUGGAACCGGUCGCGAGGUUGUGGGUGCCUGCAGCGGCGUUUCCGUCAAUCUGAAGCAAACCUCCAAAAUUGAGGAAGCCCAACAGCUGCACAUCGAGCGGGAAAACAUGGACCUUAAAUCGCAGCUCGGUGACCUCCGCGUCCAGUACGAAAACACCAAGUUGGACAUCGCUCAGCGAGAUCAGCGACUGCAGCAGAUGCUGCAGGAUCUCAAACUGAUGGAAGAACGUUACGUCCAGGUGGAAAGUCAAGCCGGUCAGACGCAACGUCUCAACGAUGAACUGGAACGCUUGCAGGGUGCUCUGCGGGAUAUCGCCCAUGCCGUCGUUCAGGAUGCCGAAACGACGGCUACCGCAGAAGCGGAAACAUCCGCCCAUCAUCUGCACCUUUCACAGUCGAGUGCAUUGCCAGCGCCGCCGCGCUCCCCCAAACGGGGUGGCAUUCGCACAUCGCAAGCGUUUGCCGAAGGGACCAUAUCGGCGGUGCAAGCCGCCUUGCACAAGUACCAACUGGCCAUACACGACCUGCAAGUAAAGUUGCAAACCAAUACCGAUGCCCUGGCGGCCACCCGCAAACAGUUCGAUAGUUGUGAGCAUACUCGGGAUGUAUUGACCGAAAAGGUGGGUGAGCUGACCGAAAAGCUGGAUUCGGCCAAUCAUCAGCUAUCGGAACUGUACAAGGAGCGAGACAGCCUGCAGAAGACGCUGGAUGGGCUGCGAACGGACAAGCACAGUGUCGAGAGGGGAAAGGCCGAACUGAACUCAAUCGUGGACAGCUUGAACACUGAUUACGAGAAAUUGCAGAAUGUGAAUAGUAAGUUGCAAAAAAUGUACGACACACUGGAAGACGAGAAGAAAAUGCUGGAAAGUGAACUGCAGCGUGUGCAGAAGGACAAGGACAUUCAGGAGAUGAGUUUAAGAGCUGAGGAAGAACGUUCGAGUCGGCUUCGGGAGGAAACGAUUACUCUGCGGGAGGAAUUGAACAAGCUGUACCUAUCGCGUGACUUACUCGAACAGCAGCGUAUCGAAUCGGACGGACUGCUAAACAUGAUUGAGAAGCAGAAAAUUGAGCUGGAAUAUGAACUGGAUCGGAUUAGUAACGAAAAAGACGGUCUGCAUAUGACGCUGGACAAGAAAAGUUCCUCCAACGAGCACCUGGAGGUGGAGAUCAAACAGCUGAAGACGGAGAUUAUGCACAUCGAGGAGGAAAGAAACAAACUGAAGACGCAGGUGUCCGAUCAGGGGGUGGAUUUGGCCGCUCUGAAGAAGGAGCUGAUUACCGCCGAGCAGGCCCGCUUGGACCUGGACUCGGAAAAGUUGGCCAUCAGUGAGCGGCUGAAGUGUUUGGAGAUGGAAAAGGACAAGAUAGAGCAGGACUUGAGCUGCGUGGCACGUGAACGGAACGAUCUGAGCAACCAGCUGGCGGCUAUUUCCCGCAAAAAGGAAACCAUUGGAGAGGAAGUGAUGCGCCUGCGGCAACGGUUGGAACAGGCUAACGAAAUGAAUGCCCGCCUGAAUAGGAAUCUGGAGGAACUGGUUAAGGAGAACGAGGAAAAGGCAGUAGUGAUCGAGGGACACGAGAAGGAGCUGCAACGGUUGCAGGAACAACUGGCUUCACUACGCAGCGAAAAGGAUUCCCUCGAGUCGGUGCUGUUCGAUACGAACACAUCCCUCGAAGAAGCCGAGGCACGGAAGGAUGCUCUCGAGCGAGAAAACCAGGAUCUGCUCAUCAAACAGGAAUCCCAUAAGGCUCUGAUCGGACGGCUCAAUAAAGAUUUGGAAAAUACCGAACGACGGGCGCAGGAUAUCAAAAUUCAGUUAACCAAUGCGGCCGCCAAUCAGGAGGCCGAGUUCCUCCAAAAGUUGUCCAACUUGCGCACCUUCGGCGAGGAGAACAUCAAAAAGUUAAACGAGGAGAAGGAAGCGAUUCGCAGCUCACUGGAGAAGCGAAUGAGUCAAACUUUGCAGGCACUGGAGAAUGCUAAGGACUCGGAGAUUCAAACGCUGAAGGAACAGUUCGAAACGCUUCAGAUGCAUCUUGAGGCGCUGAAUCAACAACACGAGGAGGUAGUGCUGCGGGCCGAGAACGAGAAGCAGCAGGCAUUAUUGAUUGCCCAUCGGGACAAACAGGCAGUGAUGGAAAAGUUGGAUGCAACCAUGCGUGAACUCAAGCUUGAGUUAGACAACAGCGAUCGGUUGAAGCGGGAGAUGUUGGCUCGCCAGGAAAAGGAUCGCACCACUAUCGGUUGCCUGCGAGAUGAAACCACCAAGAUGCGUACCAAAAUGGAAGAGGCCAGGAUUCGAGCGGAAGAAGAGUUGAACCGCCUCGAGGUAGUACAGGGAGCGUUGCGCGAUGAGAAGGAUGCAGCUUUCAAGGAAAUCGAAGAACUGAAGGUACAGAUUCGAUUAACCGAAGAUCGUUGCGAUGGCGUGAGUUUGCAACUGCAGGAUACACAGCGGAAACUGAAAGAAGCUGAAAAUUGUAUUGACGCUACACGAAAAGAGUUGACUGAUACUCGUCGAACGCUAGCGGAUAGCAAUAUCGAGCGAGACAAGUAUGCUAACAGCAACAAGGAACUACGUGAUCACGUGAAACGAGUUGAGGGACAACGUCGUGAGCAGGCUCGAUCUAUGGACGAUGCGUUGCAGAAAAUUUCAGGUUUGGAAGAGUCCCGCAACCUCUUAGAACAGGAGAAGGUACGCUUGCAAACGAUUCUCAAGGAAACGGAGAACAACAUGACCAAACUAAACAAGGAUUUAUCCACUGCCCAAACUGAUAUACAAAAGUUCCAAUCCCAGUCGACUCAAAAUGACGCAGCGGAGAAGGAACUUCAGGCUCGUCUAACGAACGAAUCCGAAGAGAAAGAACGUAUCUUGCAGGAACUGCAUCAAAUUAAGAAGCAAAUGUCCGAUCUGGAGGGAACGCUUUGUGCCACCCGUCAGGAGCUGGGCCGUGCCCGGUGCAAGUCCAAUCAAGACGAGCAUCGAUUCCAUCAACGGGAACAAGAGCUAUGCGCUCGCAACGAGGAAAGCCGAGGUCGCGAAAAGCGCCUGGAAGAUCAGAAACACAAUCUGGAGGUAUGUUUGGCCGAUGCCACACAGCAGAUUCAAGAACUCAAGGCACGACUUGGUGGAUCGGAGGGCCGUGUUCGCGCUUUGGACGAACAGAUGGUUCACUUGGAUGCCAUUAAGAAGGAGACGGAGAACAAGCUAAGCUCCAUUGGACAUACUCUCAGAAGAAUUGCCGGAAUACAAAUGGACGGGUCGGUCAGCUUGCCGUACCGCUUACUCAGUCCAUCCAGGAGAUAUAGCCCAGCUCGCGGUCGCAGUGAUCGGGAUGAGUUCCAUCACCACCACCAUCACCAUCAUCAUCAACAGCAAGAAACAAGAAGUCUUUCGGGAGACAAUGCAAUAAUCGAUGUCGACCCGGAAUUGGUACGCAAGGGAGUGCGAACACUGAUGCAGCAAGUUGCCCAAAUCGAACGCGAACGGGACGACUUCAAGAUGCAACUAUGCACCGCUAAAAAGCAACUCCAUGAAGGCGGAGACAAUCAAAUACGUUUGGAAGGCAAAAUUUGCAAACUACAACAGCACAAUCGGGCUAUACACGAGGAUAAGACCAACCUCGAAGCAAAGUUGGCGCAAAAAACGACCGCCCUACAAACCACCGAAGAAACGCUCAGGCAGAAGAGUGACGAUUUGAACAUAACUCGGGAGAAAGCGGCUCACUUGGAGCAAUCUCUCAGCGCAACAAGCGAAGAGAAGAAUCAACUGGAAGAUCGCUUGGAGAAAUGCAAACAGAACGGCUGCCGCUUGGAAUCGGACAAGCGCCAUCUGCAGGAUGAAUUGGCUCGCACCGAAGGCCGUGCAUCGAAGUUGGACCUCCAGCGGGUCGCCCUCGAGGGAGACAUCCAACGAUUGCAGAUGGCCCUUCAGGAAAAAGACUGCACAAUCAGAAACCUGCAAGAGCGCUUGGAGAAUCAGCAGAGAUCGGGCACCCAGCUGGAGGAUCGCUGUGCGGCACUCAAGAGUACGGUUGAUCAGCUGAAAGAACGCCUGCAAGCGUCAGCCAUCACCGAGACCGAACUGCGUGGAGAGAUCGCUGGUUUGCAGCGCCAUAAUACCGACCAGGGCCACACGUUCGCAUUGGGUCAGGAUAAACUUAAGCAGCUCCAAAAAUCUCUCACCAAUAGCGAGAACGAGCGGCGAGUUCUGUCGGAACGCUUGGACGCUUCGCAGCACACACUCAAUGAGCUCAGACGUAGCCAACAAGCAUCUCAGGACCAAACGCAACGCUUGCAGGAGCAAGUUGCUGAGUGUGAAGUGCAGAAAUCCGCUUUGGAGUCACAGCUUCGGCUGGCCAAGUGGAAUCAGGAGAAUGCCGAGCAAUUUGGUGGGGGAACCGGUGGCGAUCAGGAUCUUGCCCGACAGUUAAUCAGCUCACAGCGGGACCGAACUGAGCUGAGAAACAAACUGGAAGCAAUGAAGGAAAAGGUUCGUCACAUGGAGAACGAGAAACUGGGGUUGGAGAAAAAUGGAAGCAAGUUCUCUGGUCACGUGCAGUUUGAUCGAUCGGAGAAGAGCAUGCUGGGAGAUUCGGGAGAACUGGACUCAAAUCGUCUGGAGUCUAUUGGUUACGCGGGAAUGGGCUCCGGUGGGGUGAAGUACAGCUGUGGUCUCGAUCACGCCCAGAUCGAACAAGAAAGCCGCGAUCUGCGCAUGAAGGUACGCCGAAUGGAGACUUUACUGGCCGAAAAGGAGGCAGAAUUGGCACGAGCCAAGACAAAAAUGUUAGAAUCUCCCGCCAAAUCCAGCUUGAGUGGGUAUGGUGGUGGUGGUGGCGGCGCCACAGCUAGUUCCGAUGUUGAGCGACAUCGAAAUGCGCAGAUACAAGCCGAACGAUUGUUGGAUGCUAGAGAGCAGUCGCAUCGGCAGCAGGUAUUGCGGUUGGAGAAUCAAAUUUCGAUGCUGAGGGAACAGCUGGCCCAGGAAGCGAAACGUCGACAGAUGUACAUUUUGAGAAGUUCGCGUGCCGGGAGGGAAAUGCAACAGCUGCGUCAAACACUCGGCGAUUCGUUGAGAAAUGUGGUACAGGAACCGAUCGAUUCGUCACUGCUGGAGAGCGAGGCCAGACGGUUGGAUAGUGCGGUAUCUAUGAGCUUACCUCCAACCACCGGGAGAGAUUUGAAUCGAAGUUUGAGUCCCACGUAUCGUUGAACUCCAAAUGUUGAUAAUAUCACACUUUAUUGAUAAACCAAAGAUCAAUUAGUAAUGGGCUUCAUUACUAAUUGCAAGCAUUACGAUCGUUAACCAUUUUAUACAGACAACUUGGCUAUUUACCGAUUGGAAGUUUAUAAUUGAAAUAUUAUUUACUUGUGUGUGAUAAUUUAGCCUUUCAACUGCGUGAUAGAAAUAUUUGAGGAAACUAGAAAAAUAAUUGAAAAUGGUUAACGAUUUAACCAAUAAGUA